UGUCAGAUCAAAUGGACAGUUCAGAGCCGUCCCCUCCUCCACCGCCGCCUGAAGAGCAACUCACACUGGAUCUCCCUACUGAAUUCCUGAAAGGCGUUGUAGGGAAGCGAGUGAUCGUCAGGCUAACAUCUGGAGUAGAUUACCGCGGUGUCCUGUCGUGUCUAGAUGGAUACAUGAAUAUUGCACUAGAGCAGACGGAGGAGCACGCUAAUGGACGCGUUACGAAUCGCUACGGAGAUGCUUUUAUUCGAGGGAACAACGGUGCGUGUCUGUAUGUUUUCAGGGUGUAAUUUUUUUUGAUUGGCUGGUAGUCCUGUAUAUCUCUGCUGCGGAGGCGCUGUAAUGCAUACGAGACGGAAUCACUGAAUCAAGCAUGUGUUUCGUCGACCUUGGCAUGCCUGCUUGCAAG